UAUUAGACAAACUAAUUUCCCCUUCUCAAUCUGGGUUUUUAGCUGGCCGCUAUAUAGGAGAAAACACACGGUUGAUAUAUGACCUAAUGCACAUCACAGAAAAACGAAAUAUUCCAGGCUUGCUUGUUUUGAUUGAUUUUGAAAAGGCUUUCGAUUCGGUUGACUGGGAUUUUAUAAUUAAUGUACUGGACUUCUUUAAUUUUGGUAACGCAAUUAAAAAAUGGUUUGGGAUAUUAAAUUUCGACUGCAGCGCCUCCAUUAGUCAGUGCGAUCAUUUAUCCGAAUACUUCAGAAUCUCGAGAGGAUGCCGUCAGGGUGACCCCCUCUCCCCGUACAUUUUUAUUUUAUGUGCUGAAAUACUUUCGUUACUGAUCAAGAAUAAUAGUGAUAUUACUGGUAUAAAGAUAGAGAAUACAGAAUUUAGAAUAUCACAAUAUGCUGAUGACACUACCCUCAUUCUCAACGGCAGCAGACUCUCAUUUCUUGCAGCAUUUAAUACACUUGAUUUCUUUUCAAAAAUAUCAGGUUUGGCGAUAAAUAAGAGUAAGAGUAAACUAAUUUGGAUUGGCGCAAAAAGUUUAGCAAGGAGGUGUUUCACCAUGUAAGAUGGAAGAUGAAAUGGGUUUAUGACAGUUUUAAUUUGUUAGGUAUUGAAUUUACAUUGAAUUUGCAGGAUAUGAUAAAAACUAAUUUUGAACAAUACAUCGUAAAAAUUAAAAGAAUGUUGCAACAAUGGGAAAGGAGACCUUUAACACCCAUUGGCAAAAUCACUGUACCGAAAACCCUGGUUGUACCCAUGUUAAACCACCUAUUCAUUUCCCUUCCCAAUCCAGAUGAAACAUACAUGAAAUUACUAAACACAAUGUUCUUUCAAUUUAUAUGGGGCAAAAAGACGGAAAAAGUGAAAAGGAGUGUAAUAACUGGUAAUUAUGAACAAGGUGGUCUUAAGAUGCUAGAUUUAUUUGACUUUAUUGCUUCUCUUAAAUGUACCUGGAUUAAAAGAAUUUAUCAGACAGACAACAUAUAUGCUCCACUUCUCCAAGCUAUUUUUGAUCGAGAUGUAAUAAGUUAUAUAUUUACUUUUGGGAAUGCGUAUCUAGACAAGCUUAUUAAGGAUUGUAGUAACUGUUUUUGGAAAGAUGUUCUG